AUGGCCAACGAAGACAAUUCCUGGAAGCGCCCGGAGGAGGAUGAGGAAGACCAGGAAAUCGAUGAGACAAGCUACAAAGCGCAAAAGGAUGCAAUCUUGAUCGCUAUCGAUGUUAGCACAUCUAUCCUACAACCUCCGCCAGCAUCAGACUCUAAGAAAGCGGACCGAGACAGUCCGGUCCAAGCAGCGCUGAAAUGUGCCUACCAUCUCAUGGAGCAGCGCAUCAUUUCAAACCCAAAAGACAUGAUGGGCAUUUUGCUAUUCGGCACCGAAAAAUCCAAAUUCCAUGACGAUGGCGACGGUAGUAGCGGCUUAGGGUAUCCUCAUUGCUAUCUCUUCACUGACCUGGAUAUACCUGCGGCCGAGGACGUGAAGGCACUGAAGGCUCUUGUGGAGGAAGGGGAGGACGAGGACGAAGUCUUGAAACCAUCGGAGGAACAGGUCUCCAUGUCAAACGUGCUGUUUUGCGCGAACCAGAUCUUCACCACUAAAGCAGCUAACUUUGGAAGUCGUCGUUUGUUCAUCGUGACGGACAACGACAACCCACACUCCUCAAGUAAAGAUGCCCGCCAAGCAGCUGCAGUGCGAGCCAAAGAUUUGUACGACUUGGGUGUCACUAUCGAUCUUUUCCCCAUCACUCGUGGAGGUAACACGUUUCGCAUCGAGAAGUUCUACGAUGACAUUAUCUACCAAGACCCUCUCGCGGGCGAAGCCAACAUGUCAGAGGUUCGGUCUUCCAAAUCAGGAGACGGACUGACGCUCUUGAACUCCCUCAUUUCCAAUAUCAACUCAAAACAAACCGCCAAGAGAUCUCUUUUCUCCAAUCUCCCAUUCGAGAUUGCGCCCGGACUGCGAAUCUCCGUCAAGGGGUACAAUGUACUUCACCGACAGACACCCGCGCGCACCUGCUACAUCUGGCUGGACGGCGAAAAGCCACAGAUUGCGGUGGGUGAAACGACGAGGGUGGCCGAGGACAGCGCUCGCACAGUGGGAAAGACCGAUAUCAAAAAAGCAUACAAGUUCGGUGGCGAGUACGUAUGCUUUAGCCCCGAAGAACAGAAGAAGCUGCGAGAUUUCGGCUCGCCUGUCAUCCGCAUCAUCGGUUUCAAGCCACGGAGUACCAUUCCUUUGUGGGCUAGCGUCAAGAAGAGUACGUUCAUCUUCCCAAGCGAGGAGGACUAUGUCGGCUCGACGCGUGUGUAUACCGCACUGUGGCAGAAGCUCCUGAAAGACGACAAAGUCGGCGUUGCCUGGUGCAUCACGCGGGCCAAUGCGCAACCAAUCUUGGCAGCAAUCAUGCCGUCAAGGGAGCAGGCGGAUGACGACUGCGGAACGCCCUACCUGCCGUCAGGCCUUUGGAUAUAUCCGCUGCCCUUUGCCGAUGAUUUGAGGGGCAUCAAGGAAUCAGACGGGUUUGCGCGGAGCUCAGACGAGCUACAGACACAAAUGCGCGUCAUCGUGCAGCAACUGCAGCUGCCGAAAGCGAUGUACAACCCGACCAAGUAUCCCAACCCGGCACUGCAGUGGCACUACAAGAUCUUGCAAGCCCUUGCCUUGGAGGAGGAGGUCCCCGAGAAGGCUGAGGAUGCGACAGAGCCCAAGUACAAGGCAAUCAGCAAACGAGCCGGGGGCUAUUUAGAGGAAUGGCAAGAGACGUUGGAGCGAGAUGCCAAGAAUGCGCAGGCAACCAGAGCUGUGAAGCGUGAAGCAGACAGCGAAUUGCCUGAACGCCCAGCGUCCAAGAAGGCCCGCGGUGGUCCAGAUAAACCCUCGACGUCUGGGUUGACCCUCCCCCAGCUAAAAUCCGCAGUGGAGAGCGGCGGCAUUGUCAAGAUGACUGUCGCCCAGUUAAAAGACAUUUUAGAGGCAAAGGGGUUGAGCACCUCGGGUAGGAAGCUGGAUCUCGUGGAGAGAGUGGAACAAUGGCAGCCGAACGCCUUAACCACUCGGCCAUCAAGCGAGGGAAGCACACCCAAGAGGAAGGCGCUAUGCGCCACGCCGCCUGCCCCCCCAAUCACUCCACAACACCGCCUGGUCGCGUCCACCGACGAUUGCAGUCGCCUUUGUGAGCCAUUCACGCCAGCGGGAACCUCGUCGCGCCGAUCGACUCAGUCACCUGGACAGGAGCCUGGGUCCGCGAGGUAUCUCGAGGGUCUGUUGCGUCGGGCGAGACGCGCAGUCCAGCUCGGAGCUGACGCGCGAACACCACGCAGUUCUUCUGGAGUCGAGUCGCCGUCGCCGGUGAAAAUGGCAGACUUUUUGGCUAGUUUCGGAGUCAGCACCGACACGAGCGCCAAACCUUCCAAGAAGAAACAAUGCGCGUCGGCCGACGAGCUUGCCGACAAGCUGCAAGCGAUUCUUGACGAGAACACGAACGAGACCCGAGCAGACCACGUCACCUCGAAUUUGGAGCUCAGCAGCUCGGCGCAAUUCGAUUUGAGUCUGACAGAGAGCGAAAACGAUGCGUUGGAGGGUCUAAACAGCGUCGAUCCAUCGUUGGGAGGCGUGCGCUCAGCUACCCUGUCUGCAGACCCGACUGGGGGAACCACGACGCGCCUAGUGCAAGCAAGCGAAACGAUCAUGAAUCAAUCCGACAACCCGGUGUUGCAGCGGGCGGUAGCGAAGCACAUAAUCGGAGCUCUCAGUUCACGCGAUCACAGCACUUGGAUGUUGCGAGAUCUUUCGAGGGGCUCAAGCGGCUGGACAUUCAGUUACAUCUGCAAAGCUUCACUCCAGCACUGGACCCGACAGAAUGCGAAGAAUCCUACAACGGCUGUCAUUGGAGACUGUACCCUGCGCGAACCCGACCCAGUCCUGAUGAGCCGUCCUGCGUUUGACUGCCGCGGCUCGAUCACGAUAGCUUUCAAUCGGAACAAUGGAUGCAUCAGUGUGAAGUACGACCAUACGCUCCUCCACAAGACUGUGGAAGAGCUCAGCAAGGUCUACCCGACCCCCGAGAGAGUGUUUGGACCUGGCUACGAGCGUCAGCAACAGCAAAAGCUUCAAGCUAAGGAACAGAAGAAGAAGCUGAAGCAAAAGACACCGAGGGAGCCAAGGGGCGAGGGCCAGGAGACACGACGGAAGAAGAAGCGUGGUGCUCCAGCCGAGGGAGAGGCUGGUGCCGACGGCGAGCGGCCUAAGAAGCGUCACAAGAAGAAGAAGAAGAAGAAGAAGAAGAAGGCUGCUGAGGAGUCUGCGGCAGGCCCAGCCGGAGAAGCCGUCAUGCCGCCAGACUAUCCUGGGGCGCAGAUGCCGAACGAGCAAGGCGACCAGAACUGGGGUAGCUAUGCGCAGUCUUCACAAGCAGCACCGCCUGCGCCAGCGACAGGCUUGUUGCCAUUCAACAUAUCCCCUGAGGAAGCUGCGCGACGGUUGGCCAUUGCUAGGAAGCUUUUGUCGGAUCAUGGUGUCAAUCCUGACUCGCUGUCAGUUGACCAGAUGAACAUCUUUAGUAACCAAUCGCCAGCCUUACAACAGGACUCUGUGCAGAUGCUGGCAAAGUAUGGUGCAGAAAGGUUGCAGAUCAUUCACCCAAGCAACAAGGACAAGCCGUCUUCAGACGGCAGCACUGAGCAGGCGCAGCAGGCCACACCCAGUGGACCAACGACCAGCAAAGAGCUGGCCCCUGAUGCCAAAACCACAAAGAGCGGCCGCAAGAGCAAACCGACACCCAAGGCAGCUAAUGGCGACCAGACUACGGUGCACGGAUCUAACGAGACGCCUUCAAAGUCCCAGAGAAAAUUGGGCAAGUCGAGACUAUCGUGCCUUUCUUGCAAGACCCGGAGAGUCAAAUGCCCCAAGGAGCGGCCGAGCUGCUCAGAGUGUCUAUCAGAGGGACAGCCAUGCGAAUAUCCACCUCAGAAGCCGGUCUCCAGAAAAUCAGGACCCGUGAUCACCAUCGAGGAAGGAGAAGACGAGGAUGACGAAGAAGACGAGGAGGGGGGCGAUGAGACUAAUAUUGCCGAGCACGCUGGCACUGAUGGGAGCCGUCAACAAGGCGACGCUUCACAUGCUGCGGUCGCGGCAGCUGAUGCGUCUUCUUACAACCAAAUGCCAGUAGCUGAUAUGUUGACGCCGAGCGUGGAUCGUCAUCACGGCCACGACCAGCAGGGUUAUUUUGAUUCUGGGGCGAACUUGAACAUGGCACAGAGUGCUAAUCCCACCUUGCCUGAAUCAUCAUUGAACACCACCUCAGGCAACGUGAUGGCUUCUGCAAAGACGGCGUCGCCAGGGAAGGGCCGUCACCGUCUCAAGACAUCUGCUGGCAGCUCCUCCCGACAAAGCUUGCCGCAAGGCUCGGGCGGCCAUGGGGCAGCAGCUGUUGGCAGCGGUUCAAAUUGGAUGGCUGGGAACAACGCGGCCACUGGUAACAACAGCAACAACAAGAACAAUAACAACAGCACAAUGUCACCAAGUCUGGCGCAGCAAGCCAUGGGAGGACAGCAACAAGCCAGGCAAUCGAACACACGCAUGUCAACGAACUCGCCACAACUGCGAGACAAUGCAGCGCAGCCUGCCCACAGCAACAGCGCCACGCCAGCACAACCCCAGCAGUCGCCUCAGAUGAUGGCCGCCAUACAGGCACAGGCGCGGCGAUCGCCUUUCCAAGCGCAGCAACAGCAACGUGCCAUGUCUCAACAAGGCCAGAGAGCCCAAAGCAGGACCCCCAACGCCGAUGCUUUGAGUCGUGCGUACCCACCACCUGGGGCUACUCAACCAAUCCAGCAAGCUGCGCCGCCGCCGAAUAAUGACCUGGUAGCCUCGUCAGCAUACAACGAUUAUGGUCGGUAUGUAGGCAACAAUGCAGCUGCAAACGAUGCCAGCCACCGCAUUGCAUAUGAGCCAUACUCGCAACAAGAGCGCACCACGGCAGCAACUACAUCGACGUCCUACCCUCCGUUUGAUAUGGGUCGAGGUGGCGCCACGACAAUGUCUAUGAACGCUGCCACCACCAUGGCCCCUACGUACAACAGCCAAGGAUCGACAGCCGGGCCAUGGUCUGACUCGAGUCGAUCUUCGCAACCACAUGACCGAGCGAGCGGGUUCGGCGGCUCGGGCUCUUACGGGCAGCCCACCACCGACUCGGCCUCUCUGAGCAACUUUGACAUGCGGGCCAACGCUCAGAACCGCGGGCGCGCAGGCUACGCCACCCAAACACAACCAGGCCACCAGCAGCAGCAGCAAGUAGGCAGCCAGGGGUCUUGGAGUUACUUUGGUGGAUCGGAGAAUAACUACGGAUCCGAUGGCUCAGGGUGGGUCUGA